AUGCCAACAAUCCUCGAGCUAAUUAAAAGUGAGAAACAAGCGCAGGAUGAGGAAGAGAGUCGACCGGCGAUUGUCGCCGUCGAGGCUAGCCGCUCUUUCAUCAUGGACACGAAGCCGGAUCCUUCAGAGAAUAUCUCUCUAGAGAUGUGUGUCCUCCGGGUUGAAGAAUUUGACAAGAUGUUUCGCAUCGACUUGAUCGACCGAGAGCUCGAAUCGGAUGGAGACUCAUUGUUGAAAACGUUUGACUCCCUCGAUCAGGCCAGGCGCAGCAAGUUCCUGUUUCAAUUGACGAUAUGGAAGAACCGCAAGUCGGAGCUCAAUCGAUUGGAAUACCGUCGGGGAUUUAGUUACCGUUUUGAAAAGCUGCUACGGGCUGAGCCAAUUCCUCUCGAUGGGGGUGUCGGUCAUGUGGUCCAUUCUCCUAAGCGUUACUGUGCUAAUUCGCCGCGUUUUUCGAGCGACAAUUGUACUCUCACCACUCCGACACGCGAAGACCAAAGCAUCGACGCUGAUGAGACGGCUGUUGACAGAGCUAAUGCAAAAGUAACACCGGUUGCUCAGGUGUCCGGGAAACGAAAGGUAACGAAGGACGACGGGGGCGUGGCUGCACCGAAGAAAACACGCAAAUCCAAUCCAAAGUCGCUUUGUUUCGACUCACCUGAGCAAAUAUCAAGUGCAGCGGACCGAGCCUGA